UGCCUCUCCCUCUCUCUCUCUCGUCGGGCCGCUGCAGCGGACCUGGGUCAAGUGUGGUUGAGCCGCCCAUACGUGCCGUGUGAAGUGUGCGGCGAUGUCGCAACAGGGAAGCUCGCGGACAGCCUAGUCGUCUUUGAUCACAGGAUUGCCCCAAUCUAGCCGCGCGGAAGACAUGACGCGCGCCUGAGACCGCGAGUCUACCGUCAGAUGCGGACGGCGGCGGCGGCGGCGAAGCACAACGAGUCAGGCCGCCCGUAUUCCCGGACGAGGAGGUGGCGGCGGCGGUGGUGGAUUUCGUUCUCGCGGACACGCCGUCAACUUGCCACGAUGAGGCUCUUCGUGUCUCUGCUGAAGAACACGCAUCACAAGAUCGAGUACUACUCCCGGUUCUCGCCGUCUCCGCUCUCCAUCAAGCAGUUUCUGGAUUUCGAGGGAUUUAAUACCGCAGCCGUUACAGAUGCAAGACUUUUCUCCUCUUCAGGCAGGGAGAAUGCCUGUGAGAAGACGUCGUAUAUGUUCCUGCGUAAGGAGCUACCGGUGCGACUGGCCAACACCAUGAGAGAGGUCAACCUGCUACCCGACAACCUGCUCAGCCAGCCCUCCGUCAGACUGGUCCAGAAAUGGUACAUGCAGAGCUUUGUUGAGCUGCUGGGGUACGAGAACAGGAAACCGGAGGACCCGCAUGUUCUGAAUGAUUUUCUGGAGUUGCUGAUAGAAAUCCGUAACCGCCAUAAUGACGUGGUCCCCACCAUGGCUCAGGGCGUCAUAGAGUACAAGGAGAAGUUUGGAUUCGACCCCUUCAUCAGCAGCAACAUCCAGUACUUCCUGGAUCGCUUCUACACCAACCGAAUCUCCUUCCGCAUGCUCAUCAACCAGCACACUCUCCUGUUCGGGAACGACACCAACCCGGCCCACCCCAAACACAUCGGCAGCAUCGAUCCCACCUGCAACGUGGCUGAGGUCGUCAGAGAUGCCUACGGUAUGGCCAAGAUGCUGUGUGAGAAGUACUACCUGGCUGCCCCCGACUUCAAAGUGGAGGAGUUCAACAUGAAGACCCCCAACAAGCCCAUCCACGCCGUGUAUGUCCCCUCUCACCUGUUCCACAUGCUGUUUGAGCUCUUCAAGAACUCAAUGCGGGCCACAGUUGAGCUUCAUGAGAACAGUAACGAGGGGUUACCCCCAGUGAAGACACAAGUCACUCUGGGUAAAGAGGACCUCUCUAUAAAAAUCAGUGACAGAGGAGGAGGUGUUCCUCUUCGGAAGAUAGAUCGCCUGUUCAACUACAUGUACUCCACCGCCCCUACACCGAGCUUUGAGCCUGGAGCUGUCCCGCUGGCUGGCUUUGGUUACGGUCUACCAAUUUCCAGACUGUACGCCCGAUACUUCCAGGGUGAUCUGAAGCUGUACUCUAUGGAGGGGGUGGGCACCGACGCUGUCAUUUAUCUGAAGGCGCUGUCCAGUGAGUCGUUCGAACGCCUGCCUGUCUUCAACAAGUCCGCAUGGCGACAUUACAAGACCAGUGCCGAGGCAGAUGACUGGAGCAACCCCAGCAAAGAGCCACGUGACGCCAGAGCCUGGACGGACUUCUCCCAAUAAUUCUUCAUUUAAGUGGGGAGAGAAUGCUUAAGCAAGCUGGUAGGAUAAAUGUGGGAGUGGUGGUUGUUUUAAGGAUCACAGCUGAUUUUGGCUCACAUGCAUCAAGAGUUUCAAACUAAGAGGAAGUCUGAUUGUACGACGCAGUCGUCGCCCACAGUCAGAUAACGUUGACAAAGUACUGUUUCGAGUUACUGAAAUAAACCUAAGACUCUUGAAACAAGGCCCCAGUCUGGACCUGAGGAUGAAGAUUGAUUGUAUUUAGAGGCAGGGGAUUCUGGGUAAUCUUAACCGAUUGAAGCGACGUGCCCUUUUCAGCUCCAUCUGAUGUGAAAAGCCAGAAGGGUUGUUGGAAGACUUGUUUAAAAAAAGACACUGAACCAUCCAUUACCCUUUAUUUCCUAUGCUGUCCAGCCAAACCUAAAAGAUUUCAUCACUGCCAAAGCCUUCAUAACCUGCCAUCCUUCCAACACAUUUAAGUGACUCGCUGUACAAAUGGGAGGGCUGAUUGAAUAAUAUGGGUGAAGCCUUGCUGUACAGGUUGUGCAGCCCUCCUGUGUUCUGUGUAUAUACUGAAGAUACCACUGUCCUCCUGUAUUUAGGGGCCCAAGUGAUCUCUAGCUUAGUGUGUUCUCUCCAUACCGCCCAGUCAUAAUUCUAGUUAACAACCAAAUGAUUGGAUGCACAAGGGAAGGCUUAUUUGACCCAGCUUCACAGGCAUCAGAUCUAUAAUUGGAUGACGAUGAGAAUCUGAACACAAUCCGUACAACUCGGACCCGUACUUCUCUCACAGUUUGAGCCGUGUCCUAUUUACGGGCCCGAGGUCUCCUGCAGUCAAAGUCAAGAGCAAAACUUGACCAUCUAAAACAGUCUGUGUACCUUCCGUAUUACUGUGUAUAUAUAUAUAAAAGUUUGAACAAUGUUUGUUAGCCACCAGUAUGGAGUGUGUUUCCAUAUCCCCCCUCCCGACUCUGAGAAAUGUUCGAGCACUUUGUAAGCAGGGCUUCCUCUCUGUGGAGGAGAGGCCGUGCGCAGUUAUGCAAUCAAAACUCAAUUCUACAUGCAAAAAUAUAGACGGUCAACUGCGACGUCUUUGCGUACGGAUUGGCCCACAUGCGUCAACGCCAACGUACAUCGAUUCAUGAGAUCAGCAUGAGAUCAACCUACCUGCUGUCAAAUUACAAUAAAGAGAACUGCCGUUGUG